ACUCACUCUCCAUCAUUUCUCUCUCAAUUCCACACCCAAUCUUUCUUCCAUCCUCUCACUGUAACUCUUUCACACUCUCACUAAACACCUUUUAUCCUUUUACCUAUGGAGACGGACCAAAGUGUUCCCUCCGUCCGUCUCAGUUAGGGGUAAGACUGUCUACAUAUCACCCGACGGGAUUGGAUUUUGGAAGAGAUCUGGAGAUGAUGAGAAUGAAGAAUAAUUUGGUUUUUAUUGUAAUGUUGUUUUUUGGGGCUAUUUUCUCAUUAGGCAACACCGAACCGAUACAAGAUAAGAAACUUUUACUCGAAUUCAUUGAAAAUAUCCCGCAUUCUCCCUUCAUUAACUGGGAUAUCAACACUUCUGCUUGUAGUAACUGGACUGGUGUAACUUGUAAUCAUAAUCGUACAUCGGUCAUAGCUGUGCGUUUGCCUGCUUUAAGUCUUGAAGGAUCUUUACCUUUGAAUACUCUUUCUCGGUUAUCGAAUCUUCAGAUAUUGAGUUUGAGGUCUAAUGGAUUAUCGGGUCUUUUUCCGUCUGAUUUCUACAAUUUGAAAAACUUAACAUCCUUACAUUUACAAUGCAAUGGGUUUUAUGGUCCAUUACCUACGAAUUUAUCUUUUUGGAACAAUCUGUCUGUUCUUAAUUUGUCCCACAAUCGUUUUAAUGGAAGCAUUGAUCCUUCCAUUUCGAGUUUGACUCACCUCACUGUUUUGAGUCUUGCGAAUAACUCACUUUCUGGUGAAAUUCCAGAUUUUAGUAGCGCGAGUUUACAAGUUCUUGAUUUGUCUAACAACAAUUUCACUGGAACCGUGCCUCAGUCUCUUAUGAGAUUUCCUAGCUCGGCUUUUCUAGGAAAUAAUCUUGUUCCUCAAGGUCUAAUGCUCCCGACUGUUUCAUAUUAUAGUAGCGGAGCGUCAAAGAAGUCAAAACUUGGUCAUUCUGCUAUUCUUGGGAUAGUGAUAGGAAGUUGUGUGUUUGUGUUGGGAUUACUUACAUUGCUAAUGGUUUUCUGGGUUUCAAAGAAAGAAGGCAGAAAGCAAAAUGUGCAGAGGUCGGUUAGGAAAGAAAAGAAAGUAAAGGGUAUAGAGAAACUCAAAUCAACAAGUGAAAAUGGGAAUGAGAAUGGGAAUGGAAGUCUUGUUUUCUUUGAGGGGAGUAGUCUUGCUUUUAACUUGGAGGAUCUGUUAAGGGCUUCUGCAGAGGUGCUUGGUAAAGGAACUUUUGGCAUAACUUAUAAAGCAGCCUUGGAGGAAUCAAGUGCAGUUGUGGUGAAGAGAUUGCUGGGUAUAAAUGUAACUAGACGAGAGUUUGAGCAACAAAUGGAGAUUGUUGGAAAGACGGUACAUGAAAAUGUGGUUCCUUUAAGGGCGUAUUACUACUCCAAAGACGAAAAGUUGAUGGUGUAUGAUUACUUCAACCAAGGGAGUGUUUCUUCAAUGUUGCACGCAAAUAGAGGUGCGGACAGGACUCCAUUAGAUUGGGAUAGCCGUUUGAGGAUAGCCAUAGGAGCAGCAAGAGGUAUAACUCAUAUUCACACACAAGAUAGUAGGAAGCUUGUUCAUGGAAACAUCAAAGCCUCAAACACCUUCCUCAACCAACAACAUUAUGGCUGUGUUAGUGAUCUGGGCCUGGCAGCCAUAAUGAAUCCGACGUUGGCACAGGUGAUGAAGAGUGGUGGAUACCAAGCACCAGAAAUAGCGGACACUAAGAAGGUAUACCAAGCAUCUGAUGUCUACUCUUUUGGAGUUUUACUUCUUGAGCUUCUCACUGGCAAGUCACCUACACAUGCAACCUGUAGCAAUGACACAGUCCACUUGGUGAGAUGGGUGCAGUCAGUGGUUCAGGAAGAAUGGACUGCAGAGGUUUUUGAUGUGGAGCUUUUGAGGUAUCCAAAUAUAGAAGAAGAGAUGGUUGAGAUGCUACAGAUAGGGAUGCAAUGUGUGGCGAAGUCACCAGAACAGCGACCUAAAAUGGCAGAGGUGGUUACAUUGAUGGAGAGCAUUCGAGCUGAUGAACAGCGUCUCCUAUAAAGUCUUUUUUUUAAACUGCAUGUCUUCUAAAAAGUCUAUUGUUAACCAUACAAACCAAAUAACACAUACGUAGAACGUUUUACUGCUGCACCCAGAUUUUUAGUUAAUAAGAAAUUUGGUGCCAUAACAUAAUAGUGUUUUUUCUUUUGUUAUUUUUCAGUCACGUGGUGGUUUGAUAAUGAAAGUUACAGCUAAAGCUUUGUCUA